GCUGCAGCAACAACAACAACGGAAUCUUAGAAACUAUUGCUGCAUCAAGAAGCACCAUCUACUGCAGGAGCACCAGACCUUUCAUCAGAAAGACACGAGAAGCAACUGGAUCUACAGAAUUAACAACAGCAAAGACAAUGUUAGCUGCAGCAGCACCUGCAACAGCAGAAGCAACAGGUGCUGCAGCAGCAGCAGCACCAACAGGAAAAAGGCCGCACUGAAAGAGAACACCUCUCUCUCUCUCUCUCUCUCUCUCUCUCUCUCUCUCUCUCUCUCUCUCUCUCUCUCUUGGGGAAAACAAAGAAACAUAGGCCCUUAGGGCUGUGUUCCCCACGGCCCUGCGGCAGACAAUUUGGUGGUAUUCGAUUUAAUCUUACCGCCUUUGCAGUCAUUUUCCCAUCCCCUAAGGUCAGGACAACUGUCGUUACCAAUCUGUCUGAUUAUCUUACUGUUGAUUUUCGUUUGAUAACCAUCCUACCCGACCCACUUGUGAACCAAAUCUGAAGCCUGUGACACUACCCUGCCAGAGCCCUAAUCUGCACCCACUUCCCAUAAGGAUGCCCUCCGCCCUGCAUGAUGAUGUCUUCAUAGAAUGGUGCUCCCCUAGGGUGGGCUAAGCCCUCUAAGCCCCUUGUCACCACCCAGUCACCGACAACACAGAGUAGGACUUACCUUAGUCUACCACUGCUCCUCCAAAACAUUCUCCUCCCUCAAUGAUGAUGCCCUGUAGAGCAGUGUUCCCCAAACGGUUGUCACUACCCUACCCUGCUCCCCCAAGAGUACGACAUCUCCGUCAAGACAGUUACAUUCCAUCGCAAAUAGUUAAUGUUUCCAUCUAUCGGUGCGCACAUGAUUGUGUGUGUCUCCCGUGAGGGAAAGACAGAGGGAACUGUCUGUUCUUUUGUCCAUACGUAGUCAUUCAUUUUUCAACGACUUGCUGUCCUUCGCCCUAGCACAUGGACCUCGAUCCCUGGAAAGUUGGAGCAAUCAAGAACUACUUGAAGCAUAGCCAGAUAGAGGGAGAAAGGACAACUGAUACUCUAGCACCACGGCAGAGAAGAGUGGCCAAUGACCAAAACAUUACAGAGAGAGUUCACCUUUAUGAUGGACAGAGCGAGGAGAAAGAACAAGGAGAUCAAAAGGCACAGGAGAUGGUCACCCUAUCUAAUGGAGCUGAUGCUCCUUUAUGCUGUUCUGUUUAUGCAAAGUGUACCGGUUUCUCGCAGUGCACUAGAAGACCCCCGUGUCACUGAGCUUGUCCGCUUGCGGCGAUUCUCGUCCGAUAGUGUAAUAGACUUUGAUGAGCGGCAAUUCCACCUACUUGCACAAGGAGAGGAGCCACGGCCUUAUUCCAUAAUCCUCUUCAUGGAUGCUGACCAACUGCGCAGCAAUGCGGAGCUCAAGCUUGGAGAACUUCGAGAAGAGUUUGGCUUAGUCGCCCGUGCCUACACUGAUUCCCAUGCCGAUUCCUCUGUGGUGAACAAGGUCUUCUUCGCUUCUGUGGAGUAUAGCCGCGCCCAAGGUGUUUUCCUGUUGUUAAAUGUAAAGGCACUGCCACAUAUACGACACGUGGCACCAUCUAGUGAGCCAGACGGAGAUACAGUACUAGACGCAUCACUGUACGGAAGAUCCGCAGAGAGCAUAGCACAGUUUGUUCUCCACACUACGGGAGAGGAGAUCGAGGCAAUCAUUCGCCCCCAUCUUCUGUCCAGCAGUCGGAUUCUCCUUCUCACGGUGGUUUGUGCAAUAGCCUUUCCACUACUCGUUCAUCUGUUCCUCAACCCACUGCGCUCCUUCUUCUCCAGUCCAACCAUCUACUGCUUCCUCGCCAUGCUCGUCUACUUCUUCUCCGUCUCAGGUGGCCUGUAUAAUAUUAUUAGGGAUGUGCCCAUGUACCAUAAAGAUCCGAGGAAUCCGGGGAGGUCGAUCUUCUUCUAUCAAGGUUCAGGAACGCAACUCGGAGCAGAGGGGUUCACCAUCGGAUCGUUGUACACUGUUGUGGGCACUCUCUUGGCAGUUGUUUCACAAGGCCUUCCCAGAGUGAGGCACAUGUGGCUAGCACGUUUUACCGGGUAUAAGUGUCUUAUUCUAGCUGCGUACGUGGUGAAGAAGGUGGUACAGAUGAACAAUUGGAAAACAGGAUACCACAUUCGCAUAUAUUGGCCAUAACAAGACAUCUGCCUACCUCAACACUUCGGUGGCCACGUCUGUGUCAAGGUGCACGGAUUUUUGCGGAGGGCAACCACUCUGAAUAGGGGCAUAUCCGGGUUGAAAAUUUUUGGUGACCUGUCCUUCGUGCGGUCGUGGGUGACCAACAGCUAUUGACUUACCAUGAGGGCACGGGGCGCAUGUUGAUGUGGUUGUCACAUGUACACGUACCAUUCACUGGUACCGCUCCUAGAGCUGCUCUGGUAUCUCUCCUGGAACUGUUUCUUCUCUGGUUACUACUCGGUAAGGACUAUCAGGAAUGCUUGCGCGGUAGACCGUUCUGGGCUGGUGCAGAGAGAGGUGAAUUUGAAAACGGGCUGCAGUGCCAAAACUGUGAUGUAGUAUUUGUUGCUCUUCUGAUCUAGUGAACUGGGUUCAGUUGUGUGCUCCAGUUCAGUUGGAUAAUCCAGGUUCAGUUGCGUGCUCCUGGGCAGUGUGUGAGAGGAAGGAAUGGUGUUGCUCUUCUGAUCUAGCAGUUUGUGGGAGGAGCAUGGAACCGGGGUCUCAGUGGCGUGGAAACCUGGUCAGUUGAGUAAACUGGGUUCAGUUGCAUGAUCCUGGUCAGUUACAUAGACCAAGUUCAGUCUGACUUUGGCAGUUUGAGUGUGCUAGGUUUUGUUUCACACAUCUGAUUGAUAGAACAGGAGGUGGUGCUUUGGGACUCGUUAGUUUUCCCAGCUUUAGUGCCAAGUGCAGUCUCUGGUAAACAGACAGGAACACAUGUAUCCAGUGCGCAUGCAGGUCCACAUUUGAGAUGCUGCUAGCUCAUAGUGCUUUCAAUU